AUUUUAUUUUAUUUUGCUUUUUUUUAUUUUUAUUUUUAUUCCUGCUUUUAUUUUUAUUUUUAUUUUUAAAUUCUUAUUUCCAUGUCGCGGAAACUAUUUGCCAAUUUUUCAAAGUAUAGGAACGCCGUUGGAAAGGCAGCUAAACAUGAGGAUGCCUAUACUGAUCUCAAGCUGUCGACCAAUGCCUCAACAGACUCGUGUCAAUUAGUAAAGAUCAGUCAGUCAUGGAUUGCAUUCAAGCAGCAAAGCGGAGUCGGGUCCGUCGGUAUCCUCCCUGUGGGACCCGCAGGACGUGUCGGACAAAAUGUCUAUUCGCUCAAUGCCCAUGGAUCCAAUGUCUCCGACUGGGAAUUCAGUCCCUUUGAUGCCAACUUGUUGAUCACUGGAGCCGAGAAUGGCGAGGUCAAAGUGUGGCAAAUUUCAUCCAAUGAUAAAGGUUUGGCUACCUCUCAACUCCUACUUACAAUCGUGACAGGAACAGGCAAGGCCAUCGAAACAAUUGCUCAUCACCCUACGGCUCAAGGUAUCAUUGCCACAGCCUCACAGAGUCUGGUCCAAAUCUGGAAUAUCUCUGGCCAUGAGCACGGAUCAACACUCUCUACCCCGGCCUAUGCCUUAACGCAUCCCAACAAGGUCUAUAGUCUUUCAUGGAAAGCAGAUGGAAUACAAUUGGCUACGACAUGUAAAGAUACACAAAUUAGAGUCUUUAACCCCAGAGAAAACGAGUCUCCUAUCCAGACCGGCCAAGGCCCUGUAGGAAGCCGUUCAUCGCGUAUUGUCUGGAUCGGAGAGAAGGAUCUGCUUUUUACAGUUGGGUUCAAUAACAUGAGGGAGAGAGAGAUAGCUCUCUGGAAAGCGGAUGAUCUAAGCAAACCAUUGGAACUUAAGCAUAAGGAUUCUUCAAAUGGAUUCAUACUGCCACUGUAUGAUGAGGAUACAUCCAUCAUGUUCCUUCCUUCAAGGGGCGAGACCAUGAUUCAUUGGGUCGAGAUUGCAGACUCUGCUCCAUAUAUGACAGAGGGCACUGGAUUUACAGUCCCUGCGCCCGUUGCUGGCGCAGGCCUCGUGCCAAAACAAAUCUUGAAUGUCAUGCAGACAGAAGUUGCUCGUAUUUUGGUCGUCAAUAACAACAGUCUCUGGCCUGUCAGUGUUAACGUUCCUCGAAGAAGUUAUCUAGAUUUCCAUGCGGAUCUUUACCCAGAAACAAAAUCCACCACACCGGGACUCGAGGCACCAGAGUGGCUGCAGGGCGAGAACAGAACCGUGCCAAGGGUAUCGUUAGACCCAGGGAUGGCAGGAAAACCAGCAUGGGCGCAGCAAGCUGUCAAAUCAAUCAGCUCAAAUCCAACUUCAGCUUCAGCCUCGACUUCAACUUCAACGCAAGCAUCAUCGGUACCCUCUCGUUCUCCAGCCCCGACGCCGCCUCAAGCUCUACCUACUUCCUCAAGUACAUCUUCUCCAAAGCCGACUGUUUCAGCAUCACCAACUACCCCGGAACAGUUGCCUGCGGUGGACAAUAAGGCUUCUGAACCUACACCUUCCGAAACACCAGCUGUGAGCAAAUCUUCAUCAGAAGACGUUCCUCAACCCGCCACUUCAACAGCUAAUGUCGUUGAAUCACCACCAGCAUCAGUACCCAAGAGCUCAACUUCACCAUCCUCGUCUGCAUCUAACACUACUCAUGUUGGAUCACCUGCUGCAGUUCGACUUGCUACCCAUAAAACAUCCAAAUUCCGCUUCCUAACAUUUAAGCCUUAUCAUAUCAGCCAGCAUUUCGAGAGUAUUUCAGGGCUGAGUAUCAGCGCCAUUCCUGAAUGCAACCUGAUUGAGGUCAACCCCAAGUUUAUGGCACUUCCUCUCCAGGCUACAGGAGGACGCGUUGGGAUUUUGAAGACUACAGAGCCAGGACGAGUGACCAAGGUCCCAUCCCUUGUCUGCUCUUCAGACUUGCUAAGUUUCAAAUUCGACCCGUUCAACCAUAACUUGCUUGUGACUGCAUCAGAUGAUGCCAAGAUCAAGGGCUGGAUCAUUCCUGAGGAGGGUCUUGAUCAUGAGAACGAUGUGACGAAGCCAGAGUGGGUUCUCGGGUCCCCAACGAUGGAUAAAAUCUCGUUGAUCCAAUUCCAUCCACAGGCAAAGGAUGUACUCCUCUCAGCUUCCAUGGAUCGCAAUGAUCCUACUUUGAGAUUAUGGGAUCUGAAAGCUCAAAAGGAGGUGGUGACUAUCAAAGGUCAUAAGGAUGUGAUCUUUAGCUGUGCAUUUAAUCACCAAGGGACCAAGAUUGUGUCGGUGUGCAGGGACAAGAAGAUCCGUAUAUGGGAUGCAUUAUCGGGACAAUUGCUGCAAGAAGGUCCUGGUCAUGAUAGUCUUCGAGCCUGCAGAGUUCUUUGGCUUGGAGAGUCUGAUUUAGUGGCGAGUGUUGGCUUUGGCAGGGGUAGCCAACGUGAAAUCCUGUUGUAUGAUUCUAAUGACCUUGCAAGCGGACCAGUCGAUAAGAAGGCGAUGGACAACUCUCCAGGGGUCUUGGUCCCACAUUAUGAUCCAGAUACCUCUCUUCUUGGAAUAUCCGCUCGCGGCGAUCGAGUCAUGAAGCACUUUGAGAUCCUUGUCGGUAUUAAGAAGGAAGAUGCCCCGAACAAGAGCUUGUUUGUAGAGGUAGCCAGUCUUGAACAGGGGACAUUGCAACAAGAUGUAGCUUACUUGCCCAAGAAGUAUUGUGACGUCCGAGAGUUGGAACUUGCCAAGAUGUAUCGUCUGACCUAUAAUAGCGUGGAGGUCAUCCGUGUGUCCGUUCCAAGGAAUAAGAAGGAAUACUUCCAGGAUGACUUGUUCCCAGACACGGAUGAUGUUGAGAGUGCAAGCAUGGAAGCGAAAGACUUCUUUGAUGGCGCAGGCUCUGGUAUUCAGCGAAAGAAGAUAUCUUUGUGCCCAUCUGAUAUGGAAACAUUAUCACAUCACAUUGCGGCAACACCAGCAACUCCUCAGACAGGUGGAAAUUCACUAGACAAGUUUUUGCAGGGUAAACAACAAGCUGCUGAGGAUGAUAGGAAGAAGAAGGCAAUGGAGAGGAUGUUUGAGACAGCCAAGGAAUCAAAGGCGGAUCGAGAUACGUUGGUCCCUGAUACGGGUAUCGUGGCAGAGGAAGAAUGGGAUGAUUGAAUAAAAAAUUUG